GGGGGAGAGGGACGAGGGGAAGGAAGAGGAGAGGAGGAAGGCGCAGGGAGGCAGGAGGAAAGGGAGGGGAGGGGAGAGAGAAGGGGGAGAAGGGAGGAAGAAGGGAGAGGGGAAGAGGGAGAGGGAGCAGGACGAGCUGGAGGAGGAGGCUGACAACCGCCGCUUACGCUUGGGCGGGCUCGCCUGCCCGCGGGGUCCCCGCGGCCGUCCCUCGCGCGGCCUCGGCCGAGGCGAGGCCCGCCUCGGCGGCGCCCGCGGCGGCCGCGGGCCGCUCGCGCGGGCGCGGCGUCUGCACCCGCGAGGCGCGCUCGAGCAGCAGCUGGAUAUCAUCUCGCAGUGCAGGGUGUGCGGGAACAUGUCGACGGCAACCUCGCGGGACGAACGGGUCGGCGUGCAGGGAUCCCUCCU